AUGAAGGCUCUUGUCUAUACUGGACCUGGAACGAUCGAAGUCUUAGAAUGCCCUAAACCGACCAUACAGACACCUACAGACGCAAUCGUACGGUUGAUACACACCACAAUAUGCGGCACAGACUUGCAUAUUCUCAAAGGUGACGUCCCAAAUAUCCAGCCAGGAAUUAUUCUAGGCCAUGAAGGUAUUGGGAUAGUUGAAGAAGUGGGCUCAGCGGUAGAUAACUUCCAGACAGGCGACCAAGUACUAAUAUCAUGUAUGACGUCUUGUGGUGCAUGUCGAUUUUGCCACAAAGGCAUCCCGUCACAUUGUGCAAAGGGUGGAUGGACUUUAGGAAACAGCAUUCACGGAACCCAGGCUGAGUUUGUACGAGUGCCAUACGCAAAGCUGUCGCUGCAUUUAUUGCCCCCGUCGGUAAAACCCCAGGAUGCUAUGAUAUUGUCCGACGCUUUUCCGACUGACCUAGAAUGCGGUGUCUUGGGCGCCAAUGUCCAGCCUGGGUGCUCGGUAGUGAUUAUAGGUGCGGGCCCGGUGGGAAUGGCGAUAUUGCUAGCUGCUCGGCUCUACUCGCCAUCGCUUAUCGUUGCGGUGGAUAUUGACGAAGCACGUCUUGCUGCAGCGCGAAAUUUGGGUGCCCAUGCUACAAUUCAAUCAUCAGAUCCGGAAUCUCUACAGCAGCUCUUAAACCACACCCAGGGCGAGGGUUAUGACUCGGUCAUUGAGGCGGUUGGUAUUCCUGCAACCUUCUCGCUCUGCCAGAAGCUGGUAGCUGUAGGAGGACGCAUCGCAAACGUGGGUGUGCACGGGACGAAAGUGGACUUGCAUCUGGAAAGUCUCUGGGAUCGUAACAUAAGCUUUCAUUAUACUGAGGGCCCAGAGGCCUACGCAACUUUCCAGCAAGCAGCACAGCACCAGGCGUUGAAAGUGGCCAUUGACUUUGACACGGUGUGA